AUGCCAGACAAAGCCAAGGCGGACAACAAGAAGAAGCAGCAAAAGACGGAGAAGUCCAAGACGCCAAAGGUGGACAACACUUUUGGUAUGAAGAACAAGAAGGGUGGAAAGGGACAGAGAGAAGUUACACGUAUCUCACAAGAACAGUCGCAGUCUGGCAAGAGCAAGGUUGCUAGUGACAAAGAGCGCCAGCAAAAUAUAGAAACGCAGCAGAAGCGUCUGGCGGAGAAGAAAGCGGCGGAAGAAGCCAAACUACUGGCAGGUGCGCAACCACCGCAGAGAAUACCGUUCGGCGUUGAUCCUAAGACAAUCGUUUGCCAGUACUUCAAAGCAGGUUACUGCGAGAAAGGAAAGAAAUGCAAGUUCGCGCACUCUGAUGGAAAGCCAAAGGUUGAGAAGAAGGACAUCUACUCGGAUGCACGUGACGACGAGAGUACACCACAGGACACUAUGGAUAAGUGGGACGACGAGAAGCUCAGGCAGGUUGUUCUCUCCAAACACGGUAAUCCUAAGAGUACAACUGAGAUCGUGUGCAAAUUUUUCAUCCAGGCCAUUGAGGAUAACAAGUACGGUUGGUUUUGGACUUGUCCAAAUGAAGACCCAGACACAAAGAAGGAAUGUCACUACAGACACGCACUUCCACAGGGCUUCGUUCUCAAGAGUCAGCUUAAGCGCGAGAAGGAGGAGAAUGCAAACAAGACUAAGGAAAUUACGAUAGAGGCCUUCCUUGAGACAGAGAGACACAAGCUCGGCACGAAUCUUACCCCAGUCACUAAAGAGAACUUCGACAAGUGGAAGAGAGACCGUGUUAACAAGAAGGAGGCUGAGACUGAGGCUGUGAAGAAAGUCAAAGAAGCGUCCCACUCGGCUGGUCGCCAGGUUGGUAUGUCUGGACGUGAUCUCUUCACCUACAACGCAGACUGGUUUGAAGACGAGAGCGACGAGGAGGAGGACGAAUGGGAUCUUACCGCUUACAGGAAACAGAAACAAGAGGAGGAUGAGGCUGAUCAGCAGGCUAUGCUGGAGAAGUGGAACAAGGCAUUUGCUGCAACAGCUUAG